UUUCACUCUUCCAACACAGGUUGGGACAAUAAGCCAACUCUGCAGGAGCACAGCGUACGGCAGCUGCAGGGAUGAACUGCUGGAGUCUGGGAAAAGCUAGGAAUGCCAUUAAAUUAGACAGAAGUGGGCCAUACAGCGGGAGGCUGAUGAUGCUGAUGUGGAUUAUCCUCUCCAGUUCACUGUGCCUCAUGACUGAUGGUCAAAUGAAGAUCUCACCAGAAACGGUGCAGCAGUGGGCCGUGUCAUUUGGCAAAGAGAUAACUGCUUUGUCCGCCAGGUACUCUGGAGCUAAACUUCUGCAGAAGAAAUACAAGGAUAUUGAAGGUACAGUGAAGAUAGAGGAGGUGAAUGGAGACGAACUGGUGAAAAGGUUUGCGGAAGAAAUGGAAGAGAUGCUUGGGAGGAAGAUGAAAGCUGUUAAGAGAUUAGCAGAAGCAGCAGAGGAUGCAGAUCUGGACCAUGAGUACAAUGAAACACUCGAGUUUGACUAUUAUAACUCCAUGUUGAUCAACACUGUGGAUGAGGAUGGGAAUCCAGUCCCACUGGGUGGAGAAUUCACAUUGGAGGAAAACGAACAUUUUAAUAAACUGCCAGUCAACAUACAGCAAAGUAACAUACAAGUUCCCACAAAUGUCUACAACAGAGAUCCUGAUAUUCUCAAUGGAGUCUACAUGUCUGAGGCUCUGAAUGAUGUUUUCGCUGAUAACUUCCAGGAGGAUCCAACUCUCACCUGGCAGUACUUUGGCAGUUCUACGGGCUUUUUCAGGCUAUAUCCAGGCAUCCAAUGGACUCCAGAUGAAAAUGGUGUUGUCACAUUUGAUUGCAGAAACAGAAACUGGUAUAUACAAGCAGCCACAUCUCCUAAAGAUGUAGUAAUCGUCGUGGAUGUCAGUGGCAGCAUGAAGGGACUCAGACUGACAAUAGCCAAGCACACCAUUAAUACAAUCCUGGACACCCUGGGAGAAAAUGACUUUGUUAACAUCAUAGCUUACAGUGACUAUGUUCGCUACGUGGAGCCCUGCUUCCAGGGCACGCUAGUACAGGCUGAUCUGGAUAACAGAGAGCAUUUCAAGCUUUUGGUGGAACAGCUUCAUGUGAAAGGAGAGGGCAAAGUAAAAAAAGCAAUGAAGGAGUCUUUCAGGAUUCUCAAUGAGGCUACUGCACUGGGGCAGGGCAGCCUGUGUAACCAGGCAAUCAUGCUGAUAACAGACGGAGCCAUGGAGGACUUCCAAGAUGUUUUUCAAGAGUUUAACUGGCCAGAACGACGGGUUCGGGUGUUCACCUAUCUGAUUGGACGGGAGAUGACGUUUGCUGAAAAUGUCAAAUGGAUUGCCUGCAACAACAAGGGUUAUUACACACAUGUCUCAACACUGGCUGAUGUCCAGGAAAACGUUAUGGAGUACCUCCAUGUUCUGAGCCGGCCAAUGGUCAUCAACCACGAUCAUGACAUCAUUUGGACUGAGGCCUAUAUGGACAGUGUGCUGUUCAACACUCAGGCACAAAGCCUGCUCCUGAUGACCUCAGUAGCCAUGCCUGUGUUCAGCAAGAAGAGAGAGACUUUAUCGCACGGGAUUCUACUGGGAGUAGUAGGAACUGAUGUUGCCUUGAGAGAACUGAUGAGAGUAGCUACAAGAUACAAGCUGGGUGUUCAUGGCUACGCCUACCUCAUCACCAAUAAUGGGUACAUCUUGUCUCAUCCUGACCUGCGACCUCUGUAUAAAGAGGGUAAGAAGCUAAAGCCUAAACCCAACUACAACAGUGUGGAUCUGUCAGAAGUGGAAUGGGAAGACAGCGAAGAAAAACUGAGGACCGCCAUGGUUAAAGGAGAAACCGGAAACUUGUCUUUAGAUGUGAAAACUUCAGUCGAUAAAGGAAGAAGAGUGAUGUUCCUGAAGAAUGAUUACUACUAUACUGUCAUCAAUGAGACACCAUUCAGUCUGGGUAUAGUGUUGAGUCAAGGAUAUGGACAGUAUAUCUUCAUAGGAAAUGUCUCUGUUGAGGAGGGUCUUCACGACUUAUUGGCUCCUGAUCUGACCAUAGCCAACGAGUGGACCUACUGUGAGACAGACAUUGACCCAGCACACCGCAAGCUGAGUCAGCUUCAAGCUGUGGAACGAUACCUCACAGGCAAAGAGCCAGAUCUGGAGUGUGAUAUGCAGCUGCUGCAACAAACGCUGUUUGAUGCUGUGGUCACGGCUCCCAUGGAAGCUUACUGGAACGCCCUUAUGCUCAACGUAUCCAGUAUGGAUGAGGGAAUUGAAACAGCAUUCUUAGGGACCCGUUCAGGGCUCAUAAGGUUUCUGAGGUAUGCCGGUAUCGAGAAAAGAAUUGGCAAGUCUUUCCUGACCUCCACAGACAAGGAAAAUAUGUUCACCCUGGACCAUUUCCCAGUGUGGUACCGCAGAGCAGCUGAGUACCCAGCUGGAAAGUUUCUAUAUUACAUGCCCAGACAAGACACUAGAGCAGGGAGGAUCAUGAUUGCUGCCACUGCUGUCACUGUGACGGUGGGCAAGAAAACUGCACUUGCUGGAGCCAUCGGGGUCCAGAUGACUCUGGAGGUGAUUGAAUCCAAAUUUUGGGGCAUUGCAGCACAGCCAAAUGACACAGAUUGCUCAAAUGUGGAGGGGAUUUGUCCUCUUCGCUGUGACAGCUUAGAUAUCGAGUGCUAUGUGAUUGACAAUAAUGGCUUUGUCCUCAUUUCUGAACAGCGCAAUGAUGCGGGAAGGUUCUUUGGCGAGAUUGAUGGCUCAGUGAUGACCACAUUGAUCAGGAUGGGCAUGUUCAAAAGGGUAUCCUUGUUCGACUACCAGGCCAUGUGUAAGAUGAACUCGCACUCUGUCAGCAGCGCACGUCCACUUCUCAGUCCGUUCUACGGUUUGGCUUCAGCCCUCAAGUGGUUCCUCUCCAACUUCCUACUAUUUCUCCUGGAGUUCAAUAUCUGUGGCUUCUGGCACACGGAGCAUUUUGCUGACGCCUCAGUUCAUAAGAAAAAAGGGGACAUCCUGCAGCCGUGUGACACCGAGUACCCCAGCUUUGUUUAUGAGCCGUCAGUCAAAGAGACCAACAGCAUUAUUAAGUGCGGACGAUGCCAGAAGAUGUUUGUAGUGCAGCAGAUACCAGAGAGCAACCUGUUGAUGCUGGUGGUGCAAGCAGACUGUGACUGCUCCAAACAGUACCCACCCAUCACCCUGGAGCCAGAGGAAGUCAGAUAUAACUCGUCAGUUAAGUGUGACAGGAUGAAGUCUCAAAAGGUUCGCAGACGCCCCGAGUCUUGCCACUCUUAUCACGCACAGGAGAACGCCGAUGACUGUGGAGGAGCCUCUUUUAUAUCUCCGUCAACCUCUGUUUCCUUCAUGUGUCUCCUUUUUGCUGCUGUUGUUUCCUGAUGACGGAUAACUUUGCUCUUUUAUGCUUCAUCAUAUAAAGGAGAAGACGACAAAAACUGAAAUCCUUGAGUGGAUUUUUUUUUAAACUACUGAACAGAUUCUGCACAUUUUGCUCACAAAGGCGACAGACGCAAUCUCUCUUUAAGGACCUUGGAUGUUAUGAGCAUUUGCUGUUUAACUUCAGAGAAUUACAUUUGAACUAAAAGCUGCAAAAAAGAGAACUUGCUGUACUGUUGUUGCCAUGGAUACUUUUUUCAUUUGUUAUUUUCUUAUGCUCCACAUUGUAUCUCUGAACGAAAAGGGACUGAAGGGUGACGGCUAGCUGUGAUGGGUGUUAAUGAAUAAGAAGUAACGAUUCACACGGUACAACAUGAAAAAGUGAAAAGAGAAAAACAUGCAUUGUUCAAUUCCCAUAUCCCAAUGAGCUGUGUAUUUAUCCACACACAUGCAUAUUAUAUAUGCGUUGGAUACAUCCAGUAAACACAUCUAAUGCAUUAUCUGCAGACUUUUAUAAAUGCAGAAUAGCCAGUGUGAAGAGGGCUGCAGUAGGGGGAUACAGGGAGACACUGUUGUGUUGCUAAUGAGUCACGAUAAUAAUGGACAAGCAGGCACAAUUGGACUCAUUGUGUAAAAUUAAUAUGCAAUAAAGUAAAAUAGAAUGGAGUUGUCAGCGUCUAUGGGAACUAUGUUUUCACUUUUUAUUUCCAUCCUAUAAAUGUAUGUUUCUGUGA